AAAAAAAAAUACACUUUGGUUGUGGAUGUUUUGCUUGCGUUUGUCGUAAGGUUAUGUUUUUAAUAGUACAAUAAAAUAAAAUUAAUAUAGGUAUGAUUUUAAGGUUUAACGGUCUAGGCUAGGAAUAUCAUCGGUGAUAUUGAAAACGUUGACUCAACUAUCUCGGUUGCUGAAUUCCAUUUAGUUCCAGAUCCCAGCAAACAGUGCCUGAUCGUUUGAAACUUCAGCUAAAUUUUGUAUAACAUGAUUAGUAAUAACAGCUAAUAGCUGCUACCUAUUUGGAAGAUAAUUUGAAAAGGAUUACGUUGUUUAAAAAAUGUCUGUAUCAGAUUUGAAACAUUCUCUAAGGAAAUAUGAAUUUCCUGCUUGUGCUAAGGAAGCCCUCAAUAGAAUUGAACAACUAUUGGUUGGUCGGGCGGCUCCUUCAAAUAAGCAGUUGGACAUAGCAAUGGAUAUAAUAUCAGAGUUUGUGUUCUGUGAGUCAGACAGGCGCAGUGGGCGAAGAGGUGGAGGUUUGACUCCGUUACAGGACUUACAACUAAUUGAUAUAAUUUGUGACUACUUGUCAGCUUGUACUAAUGAAACCACAAAGAAUACUGUCUUCCUAUCACUAUUUGGAGGCAUGGAAAGUCAAAGGAGGUUGAAAAUACUUAGCAUUCUUGCUAGCAUGGCUGUGUCAGCAUCCAGCACUCCGGUGCUACUUGCAGUCGGAGUUUGGCUGCAACAAAUGGGCUGUUCAUCAUCACAGUCCCUGCAACUGGUGGAGAAUGUCAUCAGAGAUCAUUUCUAUCUGAACACUUCAAAUCAGUUGGCUCUGAAGUCGCUAGCGAACACUGCUCCACAGUUUGUGUCAAACUUCAUUACAGCUGUAACUGAGCUGUACAUGCAUGAUGCUCAAGGAACUAAUGAUAAUAAGUUGCCUCCCAAGAACUUGUUAGAGGUCAUAACUGCUUGGGUGUAUUCAAACCCCACAUUAUGCAUGUCUGCUCAGUUGAAUCCAGCAGCGCUUCCCAGUGGAUCCAUUCCUAUGGCUGCAGUGACUCCCCUAGCUGGUCUCAUACAUUGGUGUGCACUGGCUCCCCUUUAUAUUGAUGAUGACACAGAAAUGGUGGAAGUUGCUGUACCUUUUAAGAAAAUUAAACUGGAGGGCGAAAAUGACAGAUCCUUGAUAAAAACAGUGACAAGCAAGCCUCUAACAGAAAGUGAAUUUUAUAUAAAGCUGCACCUCGGCGUAUUGCACAGCUUGCGAGCCGGGAGACGCACGCACGGGCCCCCCACGGCCGUGAAUGCACAGCACCUGGCUGCACUCGCACCGGUUGUCCAGUCAUAUGCACACAAUGUGUUAAAGAGGGGUGGCAAGAUACAAAAUGAUCCCAAGUUACAGGAUUGCCUUGACAGGAUAGGGCAGUCAGUUCAGGUGGCUCUGGCUAAUGGCUGUGUGUAUGGCAACAUUAGUAACCUCCUUGCAGCAUUAGACACGCUGCCAGAGAACCGACUGCUGCGGAUUAUCAUUAAAACACACCAGCAAACAAUGUGACAAGUUCUUUCACCAGUCUGUGGUUAAUCAUUUGAAUGCUGGUAAGACUGAAGUAAGAUUUCAGCACUUCUUGCACAAAUUACCAUCUGUGAUGGUUGCAACUUGAAAUAGUGUAAUGUACAGUCCAUUAUUAAAAUAUAAUACAUAAUAAUUAUCUUAUUAAUGACUUCAACACAGUGUAAACAGUAUAAAUAAAAAUCUGUGAUAGUUAGAA